AAGUGGGUUGGGCCUGAAAGUUGAUGUUCGACAGUGAGCUGUGCUGUUCAUAAUGCAUUGUUAGGGUUUAUUACUACUGCCGCGUCUACUCUUUACAUACUGGUCAGGCAGGCGGGCAGGCCCUAACAACAGAGAGAGAUCGGAGCAACAGAGAGACAUCGGAGUAGGAGGAGCAAUGGCGAGGAUUAAGGUACAUGAGCUGAGGCAGAAGUCGAAAGCGGAGCUUUUGGCUCAGCUGAAAGAUCUGAAGACGGAGCUCGCUUCUCUCCGAGUCGCCAAGGUCACCGGCGGCGCCCCCAAUAAGCUCUCCAAGAUUAAGGUGGUGAGGAUGUCAAUUGCUCAAGUGUUGACUGUGAUUUCCCAGACGCAGAAAGCUGCACUAAGGACAGCUUACAAGAACAAGAAGUACUUGCCCCUUGAUCUACGUCCCAAGAAGACCAGAGCCAUCCGCAGACGCCUCACUAAGCACCAGGCAUCUUUAAAGACAGAAAGACAGAAGAAGAGAGAGAUGUAUUUCCCUUUGAGAAAGUAUGCUAUUAAGGUUUAAUUAUUACGGGGUAUUAUAAUUAUUACGUACCUAGUGAGUUGUUUAGCUGAACUUGGACGAUGCUGCUUUGUCCCUUAAUUUUUUGCAUGGGUUAUUGUUUUUAUUUUUGUUUUGACAAGCAUACAGGACCAAUGGUGGAAUGUGUUAGUUUUGUUUUUGCUUCCCAAGAUUGUCUAGCAUUUAGACUAUUAUUAUUGGAAAAUACUACCUCCGUCCCAAAUUGAGUUGCA